GCUGGCCAAGGCUGGGGGGCUUUGGCCGCUCAGGGAACGGGGCGCUGCUGAUGCGGGAGCUGCCCUUGUCUCCCCUGCUUGUAACCGCUGCUUGUCCCAAUUGCCUUUCAGCCUCAUCUCGUCUCUCACGCCAACAUGUCCUGCUACGACCUGUGUCCUCCCCGCACCAGCGUGGCCGUGCCCCAGCCCAUCGCUGAGAGCUGCAACGAGCUGUGCGCCCGCCAGUGCCCCGACUCGUCGGCCUUGAUCCAGCCGCCGCCCGUGGUGGUCACCUUCCCCGGCCCCAUCCUCAGCUCCUUCCCCCAGCAAGCCGUGGUGGGCUCCUCCGGAGCCCCGGCCUUUGGCGGCUCCCUGGGGCUGGGCGGCCUCUACGGCGCCGGCGCCACCCAGGCCUCGGGGGGCCUGUGCACCUUUGGCAGAGCCUACGCUGCUCCCGCCUGCAGCCCUUGCGCCUUGCCCCGCUACAGCAAGAAGCUCUGGGACACCUGCGGGCCCUGCUAGAGCCGCCAGAGGCCAGCCCGAGCAGCCGCGCCCGCCUCAGCCCAGCCCGCACAAGCUGAGCUCGCCACAAGCUGCCCCGGCCUCCUGCAGCCCGUGACACCCGGCCUGCCUGGGGCCUGCCCAGCGCCCCUCUGCCAGCCCCUCCCGCCCUGCUCCCCACAAUAAACUCU